AUAACGAAAUUUUAUGCGCAAAGACUCAAAAGUUUUUAUUUAAGCCAUUAGUUUUUAUACUACACAAUGAGAUUUUUUUAUCAUUUAUGUUUAACCUUUUACUUCUCAUUUAUUUGUUGUCCUCUAGUGUAUUCUUUAAGUUUUCCUUAUGUCUAUCCACGGGUAAAGUUACAAGCCAAAACAAGGAGUCAAGGAGAUCCUGGCGAUCCCCUUAUUUUAACCCCUUUUAUUGAUGAAGGCAAUAUUGAAUUGGCUCAAAACUUGUCUCGUGUACCAUUCACUGAAAAAAUAGGCUUUAUUAGCCAUUCGGGUUUUAUUACAGUGGACAAGGAAUAUAAUUCUAAUUUAUAUUUUUGGUACUUUCCGGCAUUUAAUAAGAAUAAAAACGCGCCAGUUGUCUUGUGGUUACAAGGGGGUCCUGGUGGAAGCUCUUUAUUUGGAUUGUUUACAGAAAAUGGUCCAAUAAUAGCUACAAAAGAAGGAUUUUCUGCACGAAAAUAUCAUUGGGCCUUAAAAAACCAUCUCAUAUUUAUUGAUAACCCUGUCGGCACUGGCUUUAGCUUUACUGAUGAAGAUGGUUAUUGUUCAGAUGAGCAGUGCAUCGCAAAAGGCCUGUACUCUUGUUUGCAGCAAUUUUUCAAGUUGUUUCCAAGUUUGAGCAAUAAUGAAUUUUACAUUACUGGUGAAUCUUAUGCAGGAAAAUAUAUUCCAUCAUUGGCCAUGGAAAUACAUAACCGAAAUUUAAAAAGUGAAACAAAAAUUAAUCUUAAAGGUUUAGCUCUUGGUAAUGCAUAUUGUGAUCCUAUUAAUCAAAUGGACUAUGGAAAUUAUCUCUAUCAACAUGGCUUAAUAGAUAAUGGACAGAGGAAUUUUUUCAAUAAAAUGCAAGCUGAAAUAGUAAAAAACAUACAAAAAGAAAACUGGAUGGAGGCCGGUAUUCUCAUGGACACUUUAAUGGAUGGAGAUCUCACAAAUUUUUCUUAUUUCAAAAAUUAUACUGGUUUUAACAACUACUACAACUUUCUUGUACCAGCAAAUAUGUCAGAUAUGGCAAAAUAUAUUAUUUUGUUAAAUAACGAUGAAAUAAGACGUAUGGCUCAUGUUGGUGGACUGCCAUUCCAUUCUGGAGAAAAGGUUCAAAUGCAUUUAGCUAUUGAUAUAUUAAAAUCUGUUGCACCUUUAGUUUCAGAACUGCUUUCUCAUUACCGAGUAUUGUUUUACAAUGGCCAGCUAGAUAUUAUUGUGGCAUAUCCAUUAACUGAAAAUUUCCUACGUAAAUUGAAUUUUUCUUCUUCGGAUGAGUACAGAAAAGCACCCAGAACUAUUUGGAAAGUUGAUAAUGAAAUAGCAGGGUAUAUGAAAAGAGCUGGUAAUAUCACAGAAGUGUUAGUAAGAAAUGCUGGUCAUAUGGUACCUUAUGAUCAACCUAAGUGGGCCCUAGACCUCAUUACACGUUUUAUAAGGAAUACAUUUUAAAUAUACUGUUUAAUAUAGAUAUAAAGAGCUUUUAUAGCAAUUUAAAUGAUUUGAAUAUACCUUUCCUUUUAAUAAUUUUAUAGGA